AUGAGCUCUAAAAGACUACGAAGAGGUAAGAGAUCAAAAACAUGGGACGAAUCGACUUAUGACCCAUCAAAUCAAGAAGAAGAUGAGGAUGAAGAUAUGGAAGAUGAAUAUGAAAGAGAAUUUGAAGAGGAUGAAGAAUUAGAAGAAGAUGAAGAAGAUGAAGAUGUUGAAAUGACGGUACCCGAAGUUGAAAUUGAAGAAACCGAAGAAGAAGUGGAAAUUGAUGACUUUUCAAGGCAUAGACAUGGUCUAAUAGAAACUUAUGAAGUUGAUUCCAUAAUUCAAAAAAAAUUUGAAAAUGGUCGUGAAAUGUUUCUAGUUCAAUGGAAAGGUUAUACCAAACCUACAUGGGAACCGCGUGAAAAUCUUGAUAAUUGUACUGAAGCGUUAGAUAGUUUUUUUAGUUUAAUUAAAGAUGCUGAUUUUGAUUCGAAAUCAGAGUCCGACUUAAAGCAUGAAAAAUGGAGGUCAUCUAUUAAAGAAGCUUACGAAACAAGUAAAAAAUUUGAUUAUGAGAUUUAUGAAAAAUAUAUUCUUAGAAGAGGUCUCAUUGAAGUUGGAGAGGGUUAUAAGAUUGAAAGUGUUCCAUUUGCUAAUAUUGCAAGUAGUGCAAGUAGACAGAAUAGUAUUUCUUCUUUGAAAGGUUAA